AAAUACUUCCACAUAAAGAAACUACAACAAAAACAAUACAUAACAACAUAAACACAAUAAAAAUAAAAUAAAAUAAAAUAUAAACUUAAAAUACAAACAUAUACACAAGACAAUGGAAGACUUUAAUCACCCGGAAUCCAAUGAAAAUUUCCUCAAAGAACCCUCAAAAGUUGUGGAUCUGUUGCAGUUUAUGGACUUGAUGGUCAAUGCCAAUAAAAUGGAGGACAAACGCGAAGGCAAAAAGAUUGUGCAGCAACCUGUUGUUGAUCCUAGCGACAAUGUCACCGAUGAGAACUUUUAUAUCUCAUCACGUGGUGGACAAAGGAUGGGACGCAGAUCAACCAGAAAAACUAGAUCAAAAAUACAGUCAGCCACAAACACAAAUCAAUUUACGUUCAUGCGGCAAAUUGAGCAAACCCAAGAGCAGCGAGUCGUGGCACGCAAAGAACGCGAACGUGUUGCAAUGAAUUUUCGGAGACUGGGCAACGUUUCUUAUCGCAAGGAUCAGUUUAAUCAUGCCAUCGAGAUGUAUACCAAAGGUCUGGAAUAUAUUAAAGAUACGCCAGUUCUCUACAUAAAUCGUGCUUGCUGCUACAUCAAACUACGCAACUUUAAAAUGGCAAUCAUCGAAUGCAAUCAUAUUCUAACCAAACUAGAUCCGAGAUAUCUGCGAGCUUUUCUUUACAGAGCUCUCGCUUAUAAGCGCAUGGGUGAUGAGAAGAACUUUGAGCAAAGCAUCAACGAAGCAAAACAAGUCAAUACUCGCAGUUUAGAAUUCAUUGACAGCUUUUUGGAUAAGAUGCGCACAGCGUACUGAAUUCGUGUGCAGCUAAAUCAUUAUAAUGUAAUUAGAAAUUUCAGAUGUACUCAACUAUUCGUAUUAGACUUUAACUCAAUGGACAUUUUAACAAACGCUUAGUAAAAAAGCAGACAUCAUUUUAUUUAUUUUAUUUAUAAACUGAAAGA